AUGUCGCUGGCGGAUGUGACGUCGGCGCGUAGUUCACCCGCCCCGGAGGCUUGUCCGGAGUGCGAUACUAGCGCCUCUGUCACAUCUGAUUUGCACAAGUACCAAGUGGCGUGCACAUGCAAACCGUCGACGGCUCAGUACGCAUGCGCAGAUGACCCCGGUCCCCCGCCACCCGCGAAAACCGACACUCCUCCGGCGCUUCCACCACGUCCACCCACUAAUGUAUUGGCGGCGACGAACAGGAGAAACAAUGCGUCCGUGGGUUGUAAUGGUAAUGACAAUUCCUGUCGGCGGAGGAAGUAUGCGUGGUGGUGUGUGGGUUGUGGUGCGUUGGCAGCGGCACUGGGAGGUCUACUAGCCGCACAACAUAUUCUGCUACGAUCCUAUACUGCUUCGCCCCAACAUUUAGAGACAGUGCCCGCUGCCGUACCAGCAGCAAUGCUGGUGCUGACAGGAGUGUGCAUAAUGAGCUUAGCGAGGCGGAGGAACCGGUACAGCUAUAUGAUAAAAGUGGUAGGGGCUUGUUGUCUGGUUUGUGCGUUGACAUGCGUGUUGGUCACCAUCACAACCACCGUCAUACAUAUGAACAAAUUGCAGACGCUAAAGUUUUGCGAGUAUACUAAGCUUACGCGCACGUGCACUUGCUUUUCAAUGCCCCCGGAUUCUCAACAUAGCGGUACUGAAGAGGAUGGAGUACGGUGUGUGUUCGAGGGCGUAUCGGAGUGCGGCGUGGUUCACGGAGCAUUGUACUGGUGUUUGCGCGGCGUGUUCGCGCUCUCCGUCAGCGCUGUACUCGUGUGCAUCUUUAGUUGCAUGUUGGCUUACCAAUUACUUAGUCAUGAACGCAAGAAGAUGUAUUGGGAGCAACUGGAGCUCAGGUGCAGAUCUCUUUACCGUCCGCCUACUGGCCAAGCUGUGGCCACAGCUGGGAGACCUGUACCAAAUAAUUGCAGCUGCUGUGCUCAAUGUCACACCGCGCAGCCGGCUUGGGAUUUCAGCUUGCAACAUCGAUUUUGGGCGCCAGGUCGUAUAGGAAAUCUAUACUCACCAAAUCCUGGAACUGCACGGAAAACUUCUCCGUGGAGCUGGUUUCCUUGGCCACGAAGCAACAGUCAAAAUUCCCGAUGUCGCAUGGGUGGCGUUCCACAAUCAGGUGACAGUGCUUAUGGAUUCUGUGAAAGCGAUCCAACACCUCAAAAUGCAACACAACCAUACGACGAACGUUCUUACCCAACAAAUUUUAGUCAACCAUUUCAACGCGGACAAAAUUCAGGCAACUUCUCACAAAACCCAUCAAAUUUUGCACAAAGCUCGGGAAAUUUCACUCAAAACCCCAAUUUUGUACAAAACCCGGCCAAUUUUGUUCAAAGCCAGGGUAAUUUUGGGCAAACUGGUGGGUUUACGCAGGGGUAUCAAGAGGGUUUUGGAGAGGCUAGUGGAAGUUUUGAUGCUCAGACUGGAGUUUGGGGACCUCCGCCUCCAUACAGUCCGCAAGGAAGGAGUGGUAGCAGGCAUCAUCUUCAUCACCAAGAUCCUGCAGCUGCGACACUUCUUCAUCAUCAUCAUAUAGAUGUUCAUCGGAAUUCUAUGCCCAUACAUGAACAUGCAAAUAUACCAUUACAGUCACAUACAUGCGCCCGUAGUUCCUAUCUCAUGCAUGCGAACGCCCAGAUGAACCCCGAUGUGACUCGAUUGAAUCCAGAAAUAAGUCGAUUAAAUCCGGAAAUAAGUCGGUUGAAUCCAGAAAUGAACCGUUUGAAUCCAGAAAUGAACCGUUUGAAUCCAGAAAUGAACCGUUUGAAUCCAGAAAUGAGUCGUUUGAAUCCCGAAAUUAGCCGUUUGAAUCCUGAAUUGAAUCAUUUGAAUCAUAUGUACCCGACAGAUGCAAAUGAAAUUGCUCGUUUGCAGGCUGAAAUGGCUCACUUAGGUCCCGAACGAUUUAGUACAUUACGAGGUCAUUUGGUUCCGUACAGAGGCUGUCCGAGGUCUUUGGGGAUGAGUGCUGGAAAUUUACAUAGAGAUUGUCGAGUAGAUGAUAACGUCGCAAUAGAAUGUUUACAUCAGAAGAGUGCUAGCAAAGUGUCCGAUCAAAGUAGUGAUUCAUGUCAAAAACAAGGCAAAGAAAAUUUGGGUUUCCAAAACGACAAGCAUUCUCCAAUAAGGGCAUCAAUGCAAGACUGUCGAGUGGCCAAUCAAAACGCGGAAUCGGAAGUAUAUUUCGCAGAUGAGUCCAGUUGCUGUAAUGUUUCUGUCAAGGCCGAUUGCUGUUUAAAUCCAAACGUUUCGGCUCUUGUUGGAACCAUAGAGAAUCAUCCUGAAUCUACAUCAGAAUCUGACACCGGAUCAUUUACACUCACUCGACAACAGCGUCCCCAACCGCAAGUCGGAUCAAAACGGCGGCCGAGACAAAAUGAAAAACACAUAAAGAAUCAGGAAAAGAUAAGACAAGAUCUUAAUAGUUCAAUUAGAUUAACUGAACAACAAAUUGAACAUUUAAACAGCUCUAUGAGAAUGAGUGAGAGAAUGUGCGAUAGAAUGAAUGAUUCUAGAAUCAGUGACAGAAUAAACGAUUCGCGUAUCAGUGAAAGAAUAAACGAUUCGCGCAUUAGCGACAGAAUGAACGAUUCGCGUAUUAGCGAUAGAAUAAACGAUUCGCGUAUUAGUGACAGAAUGAGCGAAGUUCGCAUGAGUGAGCGUAUUAAUAAUUCUAGAGAUCGGUUGAAUGACUCUAGAAUAGAUAGAGAUCGCCUUAAUGAUUCUAGAAUUGAUAGAAUGAAUGAACCACGUGACCGCAUGAAUGACUCUAGGGUAGAUCGUAUUGAUUCAAGAGAUCGCCUAAACGAUUCUAGAGUCGAUAGAGUAGACUCCAGGGAUCGCUUGAACGAUUCAAGAAUUGAUAGAAUGAGCGAAUGUAGAUUAGAGGAUCGAAAAAUUACAGAUUUGAAUGCCAGUAUACGUAUAGAGGGUAGCCCUAAAAUGCGUACUCACAUUAGUCCUUUACGUAUGCCUAGAACUAGUCCUAAAAACUUGCCUAAAGAGCAUCUAAGACAGUCUAGUUCAGAUUCAAGUAAGCCUGAAUUCUUUGUUCCUCCACCGCCGCCAGCUCAUUCACCGUUAUCACCCAAUACAGAAGAGUCACUUUUAUCUGAUGAUGAUGAUAGAAGAAAAGAUAUAGUAUACUCAAACGAACCAGAGACAUCUAAAUGCUUGGGUCCGGAUUCUCAAUACGAACCAGUUAGGGAGACAAAAGAAGAAAUCCUUAAGACUAAUCAUCACCAUUGCUAUAGUGACACUAACACAAUGGAUUCUGGGUGGCAGAGUGGUUCGGAGAAACAGGUUACUGAUUAA